AUGGUCCGACACAAGAAGGAUGGAUUUUCAGCCAAGGGGAAGAAGUACAGUAACGCCCCAAAGCAAAGAGGCCUGCGAAGCAAUAACGAAGACGAUGACGACAACCCCGCGGCGAACUCGCGCCCCGCCUUCAAAGCAGCAUGUUGGGAUUUGGGACACUGCGACCCCAAGAGAUGCUCGGGCAAGAAAAUGAUGAAGCUGGGCCUCAUGCGCGAGCUUCACGUUGGUCAAAAGCAUUCUGGGGUCAUCAUAAGUCCAAACGCUAAGCAGACCAUCUCCCCAGCAGACCGCGAGAUCAUGGAGCAAUUUGGUGCCGCUGUGGUAGAGUGCUCGUGGGCACGAGUUAAAGAGGUUCCUUGGGCCAAAAUCGGUGGCAAAUGCGAAAGAUUGUUACCUUACUUGGUGGCUGCGAACAGCGUCAAUUACGGGAAACCAUGGAGAUUAAAUUGCGUCGAAGCAUUGGGUGCUGCAUUUUAUAUUUGUGGCCAUCCAGAGUGGGCGGAAGAAGUCUUGUCACAUUUUUCGUAUGGGUCAGCCUUUUUGGAGAUCAAUUCUUCUAUCUUGCGACGGUAUGCUGCGUGUACGGAUGAAGCCGAUAUCAAGAAGACCGAGGAGGCGUGGAUGGCGAGGUUAGAGAAAGAAUACGCAGAUAGCAGAGCGACUGGGGAGGACGGCGAAGAAACAGACAUGUGGAAAGGUGGCAACACAAACCAUAGAGUUCAGGAGAGCUCCGAUGAAGACGAAGACGAUGAUAACGACAAAGAAGGCGACGAUGACGAUGAACUGGACGGAAUUUAUCUCGGCACGAAACCUGCAAAAAUUGAGGAAAAACCAGACCUAAUGAAGGAAGAAGACCCUUUGAAUAUAACAGAUGAUGAAGACGACGAGGAAGAAAUGGCGGAACUUAGGCGUCGUGUUCUGGCUUCGAAGCCAUUCACAAAUCCGAAGGAUACAUCGAAACCUGCUCUGGAAAAGGUUGCUCGCCCCAUCGCCGUGAAAGAGGACUCGGAUGUCGAGGCAGAUUCCGACAACGGGGACGACGAUGAGUUCGACAACAUUAUCAACGCGACGCCGGUAACAGACAGGACUGGUAUUGAAGCGAGGCAGAAGGCGAAAGCUUCGGAACCCAUUGCAAGUGCUGUGUUCUCUAGAACUGUGGUUGGCGCCCCGAAGAAGUGGUAA